AUUUGCAUCUUCACAAUCGAGUAAACUUAGUGCGUGCCUGACAUAUACAAAAUAUACAACUAACAGUUGCUAACAGUCAAAUCAAAAGCAAAAUAGUGUCUUUUUUUACGAUAUAAUUUAUAUAAUUUAUGCCUAUUUUAUAAACGAAUUUUAACAAGAUGGAGGCCCGUUCAAGAAAGAUCAUGACCAAUAUAAAUAGAGAAAAUGUAUCAACAAGACCUGGAAAACCCACUGUAAGGCCUGCAGUACCUUCGCGGAGACCUGUUUUAGGUGAAUUGGGUAACCAGUUGAGCCUGCAAUCGAAUCAUAAUGUGGCUUUGAAAAAGCCAAUUAUUCAAAGUAACCCUUUGAAAAGUGUGCAAGAAAUUAAGGUGGUGAAGACUAACAAGCCUGCAAUAUUAUCCAGGGAGAAGGAGCAGUUUAGAACUGUUGUGAAUCCUUCAAAAGGAGUUAUUUUGAAGAGACAAGAGAGCAAUUUACUUCCGAUUAUUAAGGAAAUAAAUAUUUGCAAAGUUGAACAGUCCUAUUCUGCAAAGCAGUUGGGAGUAAUUGACGUUGACGAAUCACAAGAUGAUCCAAUGCUUGUGGCUGAGUACAUUAAAGACAUUAUGAAAUACCUUAUGGACCUAGAGAUCAAAUACUCAAUUCAAAAUGGUUUCUUAAAUGAUGACCACAAAUCGACGCCGAAAAUGCGUUCAGUCCUGAUAAACUGGAUGUCCGAAGUUCAUUUGAAUUUCAAGUUUUUAUCCGAAACAUUCCAUCUGUCUGUGGCUACUGUGGACAGAUAUUUACAAGCCAAUAAGAACAUUGGCCGCGAGACUUUACAGUUGGUGGGCACGUCAGCUAUGCUGGUAGCUGGAAAGUACGAAGAAAAUGAAUUGCCUGAUAUAUCUGACUUUGUUUACAUUUGCGACGAUUCGUUCAGUAAAAAACAAAUUCUUUUCAUGGAAGGCGAUAUUUUGAAGAGACUGGAAUUCAGUUUUGGCAGACCAUUGUCUUUGCAUUUUUUGAGGCGUUUCAAUAAAAUUGCAAAGGCAAAUACACCGCACCACACGCUAGGCAAAUACUUAUUGGAGCUGGCCCUUUUGGAAUAUGGAAUUUGUCACAUAAAGCCAUCACUGCAAGCGGCUGCCGCAUGCUGCCUGUCCAUCAGCGUUUUAAAUGAGUUAGAACCAAUACAAGUCUGGACCAAAACGCUGAUUCACUACUCCACAUACAAUUAUACAGAUAUCAAAGAUACGAUGGCCGAGUUUUCGGCGGCCCUCGUAAGGGCUGAGACGUCUAAAUUCCAAGCCAUCAGAAAGAAAUACGCCUCAUCGCAGUUGUCUAAGAUGAGUCUUAAUUGCAAACUCAAAGGGGCUUUAGUUCAACGACUAGCUAGCCAUGCCAAGAUACUGAAAACCUAAUUUAUUUAUAUUUGUUUUACGAAGUGUUCUAACUUCUUGGUAUGUAAAAUUCAAUGUAUUGUUUUAUAUAUAUAUUUAUCUAGGUUAAAUUUUAUAUGUAAUAAUAUAUGUACUUUAAAAUAUA